CGGGAACAGCAGGUGAACGCAUUCCGCGAUAACGUUGUCAUAACAACCUGGAAACUGGUGGUGACUGUUCUCAUUUCCACGAAUAUGAUCCUGGCGUGAAGGAGCUACAGUUACAGUACGGAACAACGACUAUCAUGGUGAAUAUCCGUCUCGCGCGCCUCUUACUCGGCCUGUGUGCGUUAGCAGCAUUUGCCGGAUUUAUUCUCACCCGCUUUGGCUACAUGAUCGGGGAUGACAAAUUGCACCAGUUCCGUAACAGGGCCGAGGUCAAAGUCCAGGAUUCUCUCACCUUCAACGACAUAAUACUUGUCAUGCCCACUGCAAGCGAGAGAAUGACCCUGGUGUUCGUAAUAUGCGAGAGCCAUUUUGAUCUCGGCAUAGUUGCUGUGAAAUCAGCUGUAGCCUACUCAACGACAAGGCUACACCUAGUCGUCAUCGCAGAUAAACAGAACGAGGAAAAGAUGCGAAGUGAGUACUCCUCCUGGCCAGAUAGCGUCAGAAAACGUGUGAGCUGUGAAGUGAAGCUGGACUGGUUCCCCAAAGAUAACUACUACGAGUGGCGCUCUAUGUUCAGACCUUGCACAACUCAGAGGCUUUUCUUACCGAGUAUGCUUCCUAACGAAGAUGCUGUCAUCUACGUUGACACAGACGUGGUAUUUCUGCAUCCGGUCGAAGACUUUUGGAGAAUGUUCUACGCCAUGAACGAUUGGCAGAUGGCCGGCAUGGCACCGGAGACAGAGAACUUUACACAGAACUACUACUUGACAAAAGCACUCCACCCUUUCGUGCAACCAUUUGUGUCCGUUUCAAACUGA